CGGAAGCAAGAAUUACGAACUUUGUAAUCUCUUCAAAUUUCCAGUGACUAUUGAUUCCGAUAGGUUUUAAUUCGAUUUUCGUUUCUGCCAAGUUCUUUUAUUCAUUUUUAAUUCAAACGGAUUUAUGAUAAUUUACGUGACGUCUGCUACAGUACAUAGAUGUCACUCAUGGGGGUGUUGUUUACACUCGACUGACUGACGGAUUGACUGCGAGUGAUUUUUUUAUUAGAUGGUCUCUAUUCGAAGUUGUUAAAUUGUUGUUAUGGAGUUAAUAAGUGAAAAACUAUGCAUUCCUCCAUUGUAUAUUAGAAAAACACAACUUAAAGAUGUAUAUAUAGCAGCCUUACCCCAGAAAUGGUGUUUGUAUAUAAAGAAAAAUUUAAAGCUACCAGAUGAAUUUGAAAAUCAUGCUACUUAUUCUCCAGAUGAAGUGCAGGCCUUUCUGUGGGACUCGGAAUCUCUUAUUAGCCCAGAUUGGAUAUUAGUGUACAUAAAUGUUAUUCCUAAAUGUAAUCAUCCAGUUCUAUCCACAUCCAGCAUCCACCCAGACAUGGGACUAGAUGUGAAGGACCUCACCUACUCACAGUACCUUCACUAUGUGUCUCAGACAAACUUCAAGAACCUGUGGAAAGAGUCACAGAAAAAGUUUCCAGAAGCGUACAGGCCUUUUGCCUUGAACAGAGGUCGGCGCAGCAAUCCCAAAAAUGCAAGCUGGCAGGAAUCUCUUAGUUCACUGCUAGCGAGGGUGUUCAGCUGCCCCAUAAUUUCCUUGGAAAGUGGUCCAGUCCUCCAUCCUACUAGCCAGUCACCGAGCUGUGUUUUGCAAGCGGUUGGAGUAUUUGAAUGUUCAUCCAACUUUUUUGUGAUCACAGAACACAUUCCACACAGUGUGCACCAGUGCCUCAGUCUUAGUCCCUCGCUUCUAAGUUCAAAUAGCGUGAAGCCCAUGUUCUUGUUGUUUCAAAUGUUGCACGCCGUCAAGGAGAUGCAAGACCGAUCCCUUUUUGUCGAAGGGGUUUCGUGGCAACAUUUUUUCAUCAACGAAAGUUUGAGUCUUAAAGUUCUUCCUGCACUAGCCUCUAGUUUGAUUCCACUAGAACCCGUUCAGCCAACAAAACAGGAAGCUAGUCUUCAAGAACUGACAACGUCAUGGGUUCGAGGUUGUCUAUCAAAUUACGACUACUUAAUGGCCUUGAACGAUCUGGCUGGUCGUCAAAUUAAUAAUCCUUUCAAUCAUCCCGUUUUGCCUUGGAUUUCUGAUCUCAGUUCACCUUUCGGUAAUUGGAGAGACUUGGCCAAGUCAAAGUUUCGAUUAAACAAAGGUGAUAGACAACUGGAUCUGACAUUUGAUCCGACAACGUUUGAAGCGCCGGAAGGAAAAGAAGACGUGUUACCUUCACAAGUUCCUCACCACGUAACGGAUGUGCUUUCUGAAAUCACUUAUUAUGUUUAUCAGGCGAGACGGACGGUCCGAUCAGUUCUGUGUCGGUAUGUAAGACCCACCUGGAAUCCCUUGGAAUAUCCCACGUCUAUCGAACGGAUGCAACAGUGGACACCCGACGAAUGCAUUCCCCAGUUUUUCUCUGAUCCAUCAAUCUUCAAAUCGAUUCAUGAUGAUUUGCCGGAUUUGAGUUACCCACCCUGGGCGUCAAGUCCAGAAGAUUUCAUCACCAAACAUCGUAACGCUUUAGAAAGCCCCUACGUCUCGGAACGAUUACACCAAUGGAUUGAUUUAACUUUUGGCUUCAGAUUGUCUGGAUCAGCGGCCAUCAAGGCGAAAAAUGUCCAUCUAAGUUUGGUCGACGGACAUGUCGAUUUGAGUAGUCGAGGUGUAGUCCAACUCUUUAGUCAGCCUCAUCCUCGCAAGCUUCUUCCAUCUCCCUAUGUUGGACGAAGUCCUCCACGUUUGCCUCCAGCUGAAGAACAACUCUCUUUACCACUGGACUACAAUCCUGUGGGUCUCCUGAGGCAAUUGGAAACUGUCAGUCACUUCUACGGCUCAACAGCUCCUGAUUCUCAGGAGUUGGCCAUUACAACGGUAGCCGGUCGACGCCAACGUGAUCUCCAGUGGCUAGUGACGUUGGCCAUGGAACUCUUCAUUCCACAGCGCUUCCGUCUUAUACGAUUAAGCGCCAAACUGGAAGAACGAUGGCAAAUAUGUCAAGACAUUGUCCGUUUCGAUCGACAUUUAUUGCCCCGUAGUCUGCGAUCCUUCAUUCAAAUUGUGUUUCAAAAUGAAACAGUGACCGCUCAAGGCCUUCCGCCACCGUCCGCUCAUCAGCUUCUCCAGCCGAUGGUCUCUCUUAUUCCAUUUCCGAGCGAAUUCCCUGCAGUUUUGACUGCCACUCACCAACUGAAACAGCUCUUGGACCAAGGAAAUGUGGAUUUCCCCGGUGUCGGCAAAACUAUUUCGAGUUUCACUAGUCCUUCGAGCAUUGCCCUUGUCAUUCCUUUUGUCAAAGCGCUGCUACUGAAGAGCACCACGGCAUUCCGGGCAGCUCUUUACCUUCUAGAUCCGAUUGCCGCCGCUUUAGGACCAACUGAAACUGCCAAAGAGUUCCUUAACAUUAUCCUGAAAAUCAUGGGACCAGAGCAACCUUCAGCUCCUUUAGUUCUCUUGUAUCACAAAAGGUUUUUGUUGAUGCUUCAGGUCAGAUUGGGUAUUCGCUGCUUUCUGCAAAACAUUUCCUUGCUUAUAGUUGAAGGUGUAGGAGGUUGUUAUAAUGCCGACUCGGUCACCAGCGUCCAGCAGCUUCUGGUUGCUCCUUCCACCUCGUCACUGUCGCCCAAUUUGGACCGGCUCAAGUUGGGAAAGGAGCAGGAGCAAGAAAGCGAAACAGAAAUUGAAUCCGGUGACGUUUUCACCUUUGAAGUGGGCGAAGAAGCGGCUUUGAUGGAGCAAUCCAGUGGAGAAGAAACUGGAGCAGUCUCUGGAACACCUUCACGCAACAGCGUUAAAUAUUCAUUGGCCACCGCCGCCUAUCCAGUUCGUGACAUCCACGAGCUCGACGGAUGCACUGUAUCGCAAGUGAGCGUUGACAGUUUGUUGUGGCAAGCUCACCGGCUGGGACCAGUUUUGACCGCCAGAUAUUUAACCCGGAAUCUUUUGCGAAUGUUGGCUUUAUGCUACGCCGAUGAAACUAGUCUAAAUUUAGCGGAUCCCAGUCAGGAAUCCAGCCCGUUUCAAAUCUCCGGAGCGCUACUUCAAGGCGACUUUAAUGCCAAUCGCAUUUUGGGAUGCCUGGCAUCCAUCGCCAAUCUUUACGGAGAGCAAUUUGUCAUGUUGCAGUACUUCCCUCACGCGGCUGAAGUAGUCAGUCGUUGCAUCAGUUCUGGGACCAUUUCCAUCAUGUUGGAAGGUGGACUCGUUGGUUCCUGUUCACUCAUUUUGGCCUGCAUUCCAUGUCUGCCGGACAGCAACUUUAUGCAGUGCCUUCGGGAAGUUCUUUUGCGUCAAUUGCUGGACCCUAUUGUCUCUGCGGUGACUUCAACUGAACAAACAUUUGCCAGGGGAGGCGCUGCCCGUUCCGCCCUGGCAAUCAAAUUACUCGAUUGUCUCUGCGCAUUAUCCAUCCGUUUGGGAACGGACGCAGCCGGUCAAUUCAUUUCUGACCCGGCGCUUAAGCUUCUUAAAAGCUUCGAUCGAGUCAGCAAAGUGGCCAGUCAUCCUUCCGUCAGCCGGGCGAAUUCGUUGAAAGGACGACCGGAUUACAUGUGCCACCAGAGGAGAUUGAGCAACACUUUAAGACAGGCGCAGGCAGCGGCUGAGAUUGAGGCCGCCAGUUCGUCACCUUCCAACAAUGUCACCCGUCCAGCAGCUAAUGAAGCUUUGUCGUUAACGGAAAUGGCUGCCACUUUUACCGAUCAUUUUGCCUUUCAAUUGCUUACGGCUUUGAAUCUCAUUCUGGGUGUUCGACAUGUACAGUCGUUGGUCGAACAAGGAGGGCAAGCUGCCCAGACUUGCGCCACUCAGUACGCUUCAACCAAAGAUGUCCUCGACGCCGAUCGGGAAUGUUACAGCAAAAGGAGAACUAGCGUUUUCUCGGGAUUGCGUGUAAACAGAAGCUUCUCCAGCGACGUCGAGGCAGCUGCCGGAAGCAGCUAUGGCAGCCGGAUCUCUGUCGUGGGAAACCGGAUACAGCUAUUCGCGGAAGAAGAAACUGUCCCGGAAACUCAGGCGGAUCACUGCGACUCUCGACCCACGUUGGAAGAGGCCCAAGAUUUGCUCUGCUAUAGAAAGACAGAUAGCGCCAGACAUUUACGGGGGAACUGGCUAGCCUAUUGGGAACACGAAGCCGGACGAGCCGAACGCGAUUCUCGAUUCAAUUUCAAGCAGAUUCGACUGCUGCAGUUAAAUGGCCACUCGGCCGGAAUCCGCAGUAUUCACGUCAUGGAUUCCGAAACGGGUUUGUUGACGGCCGGAAGAGACAAAACAGCACGAGUGUGGAGUCUAAACAGUCAGGGGGACGGAAACAACAGUGUGUCGGCCAGUUAUGUUUACCAACAACAUAGGAAACCUCUUUUGGGCGUGUCGUUUAUUGACACAGCCCGAUUGGCAGCCUCGUGUGACGGCGCUGUUCACUUGUGGGAUCCUUUUGUCGGCACUUCUGUCCGACAGCUGGACGCAUCUUCUAGUAGCAAGUUCCCGACAGUCACUGCCAUGAAAGCUUUGCCCGCCCAACCGAUUUUAGUAACGGCUACGGCAGAGGGAACGCUUAGAAUGCUGGACACUCGAACCCCUUUGACAUACCAACAUGAAUUGAGAAUUUCUCCAGUGGCAGCUGGGCUUGUUCGAUGCCUUGCCACUGGUUCUAACGGCUACUGGGUAGCUGCUGGUCAUUCGUCUGGGAUUUUGUCGCUUAUGGACACCCGCACUGGAAUGUUACUUUCUUCCUGGAAGGGUCACGAGGGCGAAGUGCUUCAGGUGAAUGGUUGGACCUCGUCACACGGUUCGCAACAUUUGAUAAGCAGCUCCCUCGAUCAAAGUGUCUCAGUUUGGUCGGCCGACGACGGCAAACUGAAAUUUAAUUUCCGCGGUGCGUCCGAGCCGGUUCAUUGUUUGUGCAUCACCGGUGGCGGUGAACUGGUGACGGGAACCACGGCCAACCGGAUUGGAGUGUACACGUCUUUGACCAAUAACGCCAACUUCUCCUCCACUAAACUGCGCUCUGAUACUUUCAAAGGAGUCUUAACGGCUAUGGCAGUCGUACCACUCAAUCGGAUGCUCCUCUUGGGAUCCGACACGGGUGUAGUCAACUUGCUCUGCUGAUUUAAUGCCUGAAAUUUAUGAUUGUUCAGUACUUAAUUGUGAUACUGAUGGAAACAAAGCUGCAUAUUUGACCCUAAUUGUAACUAUAUCCGUAACCGCCCUUUAUAAUAUGAUUCGCCUGGAAAAUAUAUUGACAUCAUAGACUG